CUAUUAACAAUAUCAUUGAAUACCUUACUACGCUUAAUGGGUGUGUUCUGCACUUGUUCGUUGUUUGUAGAUCCUCCCUUGCUAAGAUUGUUGGUUAUAUCUGUUGGUGUUGACAAUCAGAAAUUGCCUUCAUUUGUUUGUGUGUUUUUUUUAUAUUAUUUGUUUUCAUUUUAGAGAUUGGCAAAUUAUAAAUUAGCAAUUUCAAAACAUCUUCCAAUCUAUGGGGCGUGUUGUAGCAUAAACAAUGUGCCCUGACAUGCCUGAGCACUACAUCCGCCGAUAUAAUGCCGCUCACCUCUGCGCAUACGUGCAAACAUUACACCUUCUCGCUCGCAAUUCCAUAUUCACACCCAUUGACCCAGAUGGAGUAAAUGUUAGAGUACCAAGUCAAGUGUCGGUAGAGUGUUUAGCAACAAGCAACGUCAAGAAGCUAUCGCAAGAUUCUUGCUGCAUUUUAUGACCUCGAUCUUAGAUAUCUUGUGGAGACACUUAUCAGGAAAAGUGGUUGAAUACGGCGGGGGAUGAUGAAUCUUACCCGAUCUUGACCUGACAACAACUCAAGGGUUCGUGUUACGCGCAUGUUCUUCCCGGAUAACGAAUCACAUUUUUUGUGAACAUCGUUAUGUCACAAAAGCGGAGAGGAUUCUGAAGACUUUGUCAGUAGUUCAUUCUAGAGAAGUUGAAGACCAAAAUGGCCUUACGAAUGGAUUUUCUUUUCCUUGCAUUCCUGACCAUCACGGGAAUCAAUGCCCAAGUUCUUCCAGAACUGGACAAUGAGGGAAUCAUCCUGACAUGCACAGACACUCAGAUGAUCGUUGAAAUUCCCAGAUCAGUAUUGACUGGUGCAUCGGCAGGUCAGAACGUCCGUUUCCAGUACGAAAGAAACCCUGGUAAUUCAUACUGCUUGGGAGUAGACACAUACAACGUCGCCAAUGAGAGAAUCAUCAAACUUACUACAAACCUAACCGCAUGCGGAACAAGGAGGACCGAAAGUAGGGACAAGCAGACAUACACCAACCGUGUUGUCAGCCGCCAUCCGGGGACUGAUGUCAUCAGCCGCCAGCACGCCAUUGAGAUCCCUGUAUCAUGCUCGUACAAUAGGAAUAAACGUGUUGGUGGGAUCAGCUACCAGCUCACUGACUACACCAUCGACACGUCUCUUCAUGAGGAGGGCGCCUACACCUUCUUCUUCGAUAUCUACACAGAUAGCUCCUACGGUGCGGUCGUGGACACCUACCCCAUCAUCAUUGGUCUCGAUGAAGAACUGUACUUCGCUGCAUCGGUGCUGUCUUUAGAUGAUACCCUCGACCUUUCCAUCCGCUCUUGCAGAGCCACACCAACAGCGGAUUACAACUCACCCGUUAAGUACGACUUCAUCGGCAAUGCCUGCUCACUUGACGGCGAUGACACCAACAUCAACCAGCUUACAGACUCUCGCAUAGGAGUACAGAUCAAUACUUUCAGGUUCAUCGAUCAAGGAAAUACGGUUUAUAUCCACUGUGAUCUACUGGUAUGCGAUGCCCGAGAUACUGCCUCCCUAUGCAAGAAAGGAUGUAUCACAAGGAGAAGAAGGGAUGAGGUCAGCAGUGGACUAAAGACAAAGCGAUUCACCAGAGGACCGAUCCGAGUACGACACGCUGCACAGUCACAGGAAAGCAGUUCCAAUUCCAGAAUGGAUAUCCGCCAAAGUGAAGCUUCAGCACAGCAAGAAGUUAUCAACGCUUUCAAACCACGAAUCGUGGUUGCUAUGGCAACCGUUGUCAUGCUAACGGCCAUCUUGGUGGUAGUAGUCCUACGCAAAGUCAGCAACAUCUCUGCUGCCCCAAAGCGGAGUCACCACAAAGAAGAAUCGGCUAGAUUUAUCGAUGAGAUCGAUGAAAUAUAAUUUGAGUAGUCCGUUACAUCCUUAUGAUAUUGCAUUGCAGACUAUUUUACGACAAGGGGUUGAAAAAGAAACGUUCAUUAUAUUAUUGGAUAUAAAAAAAUAACCUGACAAAUAUCAACAGCAUCAGCAUUGUUUACUUUCCAGGUUACUUUGUUUCUAUUUUAUUGCCCUUUACGUCAACAAAUAAAAAAAAAUGAACAAAAUAAUUCAUACUCUUCACUUUAUGUAUUGCAAUUGGUUAAAUCUAUGUAUAAUAUAUUAUACAAGGCAUUGGAAGCAUGUAGAAUAAUAUAUAAAAACUAAUUUUCUAUUACGCAAUAGCUUUGUGAGAUCGAAGACGAUUAAUAGUGCUCCCGAUUCAAUUAUCGUUUGUCUUGAAAAUUAGCCAAAUGUAUUUCGCUAAUUUCUUAACAUUACUAAGAUAAGCAAAUAAAGUUCGACCUUUUUAUAAAAUCAGAAUGGGUUCGAUGGCGAUUUUUUUUUGGUAUGUAUACAUUACUAUGAACUACAUGUAAAACAACUCGAUAGUUUUCGUGAUUUCAUUGAUGAAUGGAAGGUUACUUGUAAGCUUUGCUAUUAUUUUCCAUUCCGAUCUUUAUUCUUUAUUUACAGUUCACUGCCCCCCCCCCCAAAAAAAAAGAGUUGAAC